CUGCCCUAGUAUACUCGCCAUGUCGAUGGGCGAGCCGCCCUCCCGGCCGUUCAUGGUGAUGGACGAUAUCCUGGCCAACUACGGCUGCGACCACGAUCGUCGAUCGCUUGACUGGGAGGUCGUGGAGUGCAGGAGGGACGCCGUCGGCUGCGAGCCGGCUGACAAGCACAUCUUGGACGGCAUCUCUCUCUGCGUGCUCCGCGGUGACGACGACCCGGAGCUCUACCCCGACAUGAGUGUCCGCUUGACCGACGACGCGUUCAACCAAGUCGGGAUGAUGAUCGACGACGACACGGCGGAUAUCUCGGGAAGGCAUACCAGCGUCUCGUGCAGCGUUUGCGCCGUUGAAGGGGAUGCCAUGGUCAUGCGUCUGGCAUUCAGAGCCCACCACGUCACCGGCCCUCUCCGGGCGUACUAUCUCGUCUAUGACUCCGGCAAUGCGUCCCUCUUCAUGCUCCCAGCACAAGCUCCGCAGUUUCGAUCCACCGGUAGAAGCUGCCCUCUCCCUCUGCGCCGCGAAGACGGUGGCUACACUGUGGCCCUCUUGGGAAACAGACAGUGCGACGGUAGCGCCGCUCUCUGCCUGUGGUCACUGCCGCCGGUUCCGAGUGACAUCUCUCAGAACGCCGACAUGGAUCAGUGGGUGGUGAAGGGCAGUCACCAUCUCAAUGACCGCAGCUUCGAUGCGCACAUGGCCUUCUCGUGCAACGGCAAUGCUGUCUGGGGCGAUCUCACUCAAGGUAUCAUGUACUGCAGCUAUAGUGACCUGCUCAACGGUGGAGACGAUAGCGUGAAUUUCGAGUAUAUGAGGUUGCCUGAGAAGCACAGGAUCCCGUACCAUCAAGCCAUGAUGAUGGGCGAGAUGCGUUUUCACCGGAACAUUGGCUUGGUCGGGAACUCCAUCUGGUUCGUUUCCAUCACACAAUCAGACGGUGGCACCGGUGACACCAUGGUGGAGGUGUGGACUCUGAACCUGACGCAGCCGCUGUCAAAGGAGGAGAAGAUGGAGUGGGAAACACUCAUAGUCUUCAGGAUGCAAGACAUCUGGGAGCUGGAUACCUUCGAUAAGAAGGGGUUGCCAAAGAGCUUACCCAUGUUUCCCAUCCUGAGGCAGCAGGAUGAUGGCGUCCUCUACGUGCUGCUGCCUAAUGUCAGUACUGGCUGUGAGGGCUACCUUGUUGGCAUGAUUGGCAUCGACGUGGGGAGAAGCGGAGGCAAGCGGCCGCAGAUUGUGUCAUCCAGAUAUCUUGCAGUCCCGUGGAUGAGGCGGCCUGUUGUAAUGCCUCUGGAUUUCUUCGGACCACGUGACAUGGUUUGAGUGAAGAAGUUAUGAAUGCACUUGGAUAGUUGAUUCUAACUUUUAAGCUGCUAUACAUUGAGCUUCAUGUAUCUAGCUUUUUGUACUUGUUGAAAUGUUACUUGA